AAAGACUAAUUUUCUUUUUCCUUCUUCUCUGAGAUGAUUACAUAUGAUAUAUUUAUGGACACUUGAAUGUUUGUUUGAUUGUUAAUUCACCUUUUCCCUCGACCUGUCAAUACUUUUUCAAGAAAAGGUAUUUUGGGAAUGAAGAUAUUAUUGGUUGGUUUAGUUCUCUUGCUUUCUUUAGUUAGGUGCAAUAAUACGCGUUCAGACAACUUGUUGCCUGGACAAAUCCUUUCCUUCUCUGCAGCAAAUACUUUAGUGUCCAAACAAGGGAAGUUUGAACUCGGUUUCUUCUGUCCAGGUGAUUGUGAGAAGCUUUUUAUUGGUAUAUGGUAUACAAACAUAAAGCCCAACACCGUGGUUUGGGUAGCAAAUAGGGACAGCCCCAUCUGCCCUCCCUUCAAUAAUUCUCACCUAGAGCUCUCUGAUGGAAAUCUAGGAAUCUUUAAUGCACUUAAACAAAGAGUCUGGGACUCUAAUUUAUCCACAGCAGAUGUCAAUAGGGCAGUACUUCUUGAUUCUGGAAAUUUCAUUUUGACUAAUGGCAUUGAAAUACAGUGGCAGAGCUUUGAUUAUCCUACAGAUACAUGGCUGCCUGGUGCAAGGAUUGGAUUUGAUAAGUCCAAGAACACACUCCAGAAACUUACUUCUUGGACGAAUACGAAUGAUACAGCUUCAGGACACUUCUCUUUGGAAUUAGACCCUAAUCAAAAUGGUGAGUUAGUCAUGCUACGUAACCUCGUGAAAAUGUGGAUCUGGUGGCCUUUGAAUCUCGUGGAAUCCAACUUCAGUUAUAAUCCAACAGAACAUAGUGCAUUUAUUACUUACAAUGUCUUCAAUGAAUCUGUCGUUUCUCGAAUUGUCCUAGAUCAUAGCGGGUUAAUGAGGGAACUCUUCUGGUCUAAUGAGCAUCAGAAUUGGAUGCUUAUGCGGUCUGUACCUAUUGAUAUGUGUGACACAAUGAAUUUAUGUGGUGCUUUUGGAAUUUGUGAUAUAAAUACCAGUCCAACCUGUGGAUGUUUACAAGGUUAUGAACCCAAGUUUCCAUUAGGUUGGGAUACUAAUGAUUAUUCUGGUGGGUGUGUGAGAAUAACUCCGCUGCAGUGUGGCAGCAAUAACAAUGGUUUUGUUCAUAUGCAAAAUGUAGAACUUCCUGCAUCAUCUGAAUCAGUGCAAGUGGGGAAUGAUCGGAUCUGUGAAUAUAUAUGUUCAUCCAAUUGCUCAUGCAAGGCUUAUGCUUACAGCAAUAGUGGAGUGUGCUUAUUAUGGAAUGAUGAUCUUAUCAAUCUGAGAAGAUUGUCUGGUAAUUCAAGUCAAGCAGUGUUAAACAUAAAAGUUUUUGAGCGUUCAAACAAAGGCAAUAAAAAGUCAUUGUUUGUAGUGCUAGUAGCAUCCAUCACUUCAGCAAUUUUUGUCUGUGGUACAUGCUGUUACUUUCUUUGGAGACGAAAGCUCAAGAAAAAAGGGAUUUUGAGAAAGAUGAAGUUCAGGGAAAUGUUACUUUCUGACUCAGCAACUAACAUGUCAAAACCUGCAACUUCCAUUGGAAAGAGACAAGAAAAGAAAGGUGACAUUGAACUGAAGUUCUUUGAAUUACAUGACUUGAAAGCCGCGACAAACAAUUUUUCCCCUGAUAAUAAGCUUGGAGAAGGAGGUUUUGGGCCUGUUUUUAAGGGUCAAUUGCCAGAUGGGCAGCAAAUAGCUGUGAAAAGGCUAUCAACUCAAUCAAGGCAAGGCAUAAGUGAAUUCAAAACUGAGGCCCUUCUCAUUGCAAAACUCCAACAUAGAAACCUCGUUAGGUUCCUUGGCUGCUGUGUAGAAGAGGAGGAAAAAAUGUUGAUAUAUGAAUAUAUGCCAAAUAAAAGUCUAGACUAUUUCAUAUUCGACGAGAGCAGGAGGUCUUUGCUUGAUUGGAAAAAGAGGCAUGAGAUCAUUAUUGGUAUAGCUAGAGGGAUACUCUAUCUGCAUCAGGACUCAAGAUUGAGAGUAAUCCACCGUGAUCUGAAAGCCAGCAACAUUCUUUUAGAUGAAGAUAUGAACCCCAAGAUAUCAGAUUUUGGUACAGCAAGAAUAUUUAGCGCAAACCAAGAUGAAGCAAAUACUCUUAGAAUAGUUGGCACAUAUGGCUAUAUGUCCCCUGAAUAUGCUCUAGCUGGUCUCUUCUCAGUAAAAUCUGAUGUCUUUAGCUUUGGUGUCAUAUUAUUGGAGAUCAUCAGUGGAAAAAAGAACAGAAUCUCUUAUAAUAGUGAUUCCCCUCCAAAUUUAAUACGACAGGCCUGGGAGCUUUGGAAUGAUGGCAAGGCCUUCAUGCUGAUAGAUCCAACUAUAGUUGAUUCUUGCCCCGGUGAGGAAGCACUACGCUGUAUUCAAGUAGGGCUAUUGUGUUUGCAAGUGAAUGCAGGGGACAGACCAACCAUGUCAUCAGUUCUAUUCAUGCUAAGUAAUGAAGCAACGGUUCCCUCCCCGAAGCAGCCAUUGAUUACCCCCAACUCUGAAUCGGGUACCACAGAAACAACACCAUCUUCGAUCAAUGAGGUGACUAUUACUACACCUGAUGGUCGUUAGUCAGCUGAUUAUGAUACAUCAGUCAUCAGGCAAUCUGUUCAAGUGUGGGAGGGUUACUGACCCGUCCAUUUACUAGCUCAAUGAAUUGGGUUGAUAUGCUGUCCAAAUUGAUUCUGGAGAGAUUGUCACAAGACAUUUUCUAAUUUGAUAUGUCACAUGUUAUAUAUAUUGUUAGGAUAAACAAAACAAUAAUUUUUAGCUACUUAAAAUUCAUAAAAGAACAAAUAAAAUAGCUAAAUCUUAAUAAGAAUUGAAUGAAUUGAGUUACAACAAUCUUGUUUCACUGAA